UAUUUUUCUCAUUGUUUUGUAGCUAUGACACCACUUGAAAUGAACAAUCAGACAGAUGUCACUGAAUUCAUCUUCUUGGGAUUUUCCAACCACCCCAAACUACAGGGCUUGUUUUUCCUAGUUUUCUUGCUCAUUUACCUGACAACACUCCUGGGGAACAUGCUCAUUAUAACAGCCACUAGAAUCAGUCCUGCUCUCCACACUCCAAUGUAUUAUUUCCUCAGCAACCUGAGUUUCUUGGACAUCUGUUAUACAUCCACCACCAUCCCCGUCAUGCUGGUGAACUUCUUCCGGGAGAAGAAGACCAUCUCAUAUGAGGGCUGCCUCUCCCAGAUUUUCUUCCUCGUCACAUGUGCUGGCACUGAAUGUGUCUUAUUGGCCACUAUGGCUUAUGAUCGCUAUGUAGCCAUUUGCCACCCUCUUCAAUAUCCCGUCCUCAUGCGUGUGAAGGUCUGUAUUUUUUUGGUGACUGGGUCCUGGCUGUGUGGGCUGGUGAAUUCUGUGAUACACACAGUGCUGGCAGCCACCCUGACUCUCUGUGGGCCCAACCAAAUCAGCCACUUUCUCUGUGACAUUCCUCUGCUCCUGAAGCUCUCCUGUUCAGACACCUCUCUCAAUGAGUCUGUGCUUCAUGUGGCCAGUGCCACCAUUGGCUUGAGCCCCUGUCUGUUUACUGGAGUGUCCUACAUACUCAUCAUUUCUUCCAUUCUUAGGAUUCCCUCUGCUCAGGGCAGGAGCAAGGCCUUCUCUACCUGUGCAUCCCACCUCACUGUGGUGGUGGUCUUUUAUGGAACAGCCAACUUUAACUAUGACAGACCCAGAGAAGGUUACUCCCUAGACAUGGAUAUUCUGGUUUCUGUGCUCUUCUGUGUUAUGACUCCCAUGUUGAACCCCAUCAUAUACAGCCUGAGAAACAAGGAGGUCAAGGGUGCUCUGAGGAAGCUGGCUGCAGGGUAUAUGAUCCCUGGCAAUAUUAAUGUCUAG